CUCCAGGGGUGUUCUUGGCGGGGCGGCGGGGCCCUCCUCUAUAGGCGGCGCGCGCGCGCGGGCGCGCGCGCGCGCGGGCGCCCGGCGGCAUGGCCGGGGCCGCGGGCUUCCGCUCCGGGGACUGGAUGUGCCCGAAGUGCGACUUCCACAACUUUGCCCGCAACGACGUCUGCCAGAGAGGCCGCGGGGGCGAGUGCGACGAGAAGAAGCCGGAGGACGUCGCCGAGCACAGGCCGAAGGACGGCGACGACAUCCGCGAGAGGUGCUACGACUGGACCAUCGGCAAGUGCUUCCGUGGCGACAGCUGCCGGUUCGCCCACAUCGGCCCCGGCGUCGGCGGCGGCGGCGGGGGCCGCGGCCGGAGCAGGAGCCGCGGCGGGCGCGACCGCGACCGAGACCGCGACCGUGACCGCCGGGGCGGCGGCCGCGAUCGAGACAGGGGCCGGCGCGGCGGCGGCGGCAGGGACCGCGGCCGCCGCCGGCGCCGCGAUCGGACGCCGAGCGAGUACGAGUACGACUACUACAGCGACGAAGAGUACGAGUACAGCGAGUCUCCGCCACCGCGGAAGAGCCGCAGGGAGAAGAGCGGCAAGGACAAGGGGGGGCGCAGGCGCCGGUGAGGGCGGCGCUGGGCGAUCUCUGUCGCGCGGGCCCCCAGCCGCCGAAGGUCCCCUCCAAGCAAAGCUUGAGAGACGGGCGGCAUCCCCGACCUCAUAGUAUAAGAACGUGGGGCCAUCAGUCAGUGCUGCCCCCCACACUAGGCGGGUUGCUCGACCGGCUCUCGCAUUGUCAAACUCCCUCGUCUCUGUCUCCUCAUCACCGGA